AUGGCUGAUGAACUAGAUCAAGAAUCCAGAAAGGUUCAACUUCAAUACCCAAUGGAGCCAGCUGAAUACAUAAUCUUGGAUGAGAUUGGUGGUGGUUGUGGUGCCACAGUUCACAAAGCAAUUUGUGUCCACUAUGACGCUAGGCAAGCAAGUUUGAUUGCAAUCAAACGCAUUGAUUUUGAACAAUAUUCUCCAGCCGAUUUUGAUAGUCUCAGACGUGAAACCAUGACCAUGUCACUGCACUCACGCCCUAAAGUUCUUGCACCCCAUUGUUCUUUCGUUGAUGAGCCAUGCAUUGCUAUAGUUCUCAAAGAAACCCUAAAGGGAUUGCGUUAUCUUCAUGAUCAAGGCCAUUUACACACAGACAUCAAGGAAGGCAACAUUCUUUUAUAUCACACAGAUAAUGGCAGCAUAAAACUUGAAGAUUCUGGCAUGCCGGUCUCGAUUUACGACUCAAGUAGCAUUGUGAAAUCAUCUUCAUUGUCUUCCGCAUCAAGAAUGAGGUUAACUGAUGUUGCAGGGACCCCAUAUUGGAUGGCAUCAGAGGUUAUACAAGACUUAGCUACAGGUUAUAGUUUCAAGUCUGAUAUAUGUUCUUUUGGUAUUACUGCAUUGGAAUUAGCCCAUGGUGGGCCUCCUUUCUCUCACCUGAUUCCUUCUUCAAAGUCUUUGAUCAUUAAGAUAAAGCAGAGGUUUGGGUUCUCUGAUUAUGAUCAUGAUGAGAAGCACAAGAAAGAUUUCAAGAACAAGAAGUUUUCUAAAGAAUUCAAAGAUAUGGUUGCUUCUUGUCUUGAUCCAUACCCUUCAAGGAGACCUUCUGCUGAUCAGAUUUUCCAUGGGUUGCCUAACGUUGAAAAAAGAUUCCAAGAAGCCAAGGCUUUACAUUACGGGACAUCAAGCCAGAUGACUGCUGGUACUGAUAUUGUAUCAGUGGGUCCAAGUGUGAAGACUAGAAGGAUCAGUGGCUGGAAAUUCAAUGAUGGUGAAUUCCCGCUUGACCCAGAAUUCUGUACCGAGUCAGAAGACGAUGCAGUUCACAUUGGGUUCAGCAAGUCGUCAAGAGGGUCUGGAGACUUGAAGGGUUUAGUUGGAGAUCAAGAUCAUACUGGUACAAACAGGAGUGGAACAGCAGGAAUUGUUGGGGGCUUUAAUCAAAAGACAGAACUGUUAGAGAAUCUAGUGGCAAGAGAGAGGAGAUUGGAUGAGCAGAGAAGGCAAGUAGUAAAUAUGAUGGUUCAGUUUGGAGGAGAGGCUGAUAGAGAGGAACAAAUGGUGCAAAGGAUUGAAAGUCUGAUGGAGGAGUUACACUUUGAGAAGGAAAAGAACUUGAAGUUGAAGAUGAAAUUGGAAAGUAUCAACACUGAUUUCUGGUCCCUUUAA